UUUCUUCUCCUUCCUCCCUAGCUAGGUCACCCACCAUAUAUCCUAUAAAAAUUUCAAACACCAAUUAUCCAUUGAAUUAGAAGUGUUAAUUUGAGUAAUCGAUCAAGAUUCAAGAAAGAAGAAAAUGAGGAACGAAUUAAUGAUUUUUAUGGUAAUGGUGAUUGUUCAAGUUGCGUUUGCUGGAAUGAUAAUAAUAACAAAAUUAGUGAUGGAUAGUGGGAUGGAUCCUUUCGUUCAGUCAGCAUAUAAGCCUAUUUUUGCCACCAUCUCCAUUGCUCCCUUUGCUUAUUUCUUAGAAAGGAAAACUAGACCCAAGAUGACACGCUCUAUUCUUUUUCAGAUAUUUUUGUGUUCUAUUUUCGGGAUAACGGCGAACCAAUAUGCAUAUUUUAUUGGGUUAAAUAAUUCAACUCCAACAAUUGCUUCCGCUAUUGAUAAUCUAAUCCCAGCUUUCACCUUUAUCAUAGCCGUACCCUUGGGGGUUGAAAAAAUGGGAUUAAGAAGUAUAGCAGGACAAGCCAAGUUUUGGGGGACAAUAGUUUGUGUUGGAGGUGCAAUGUUAUUGUCAUUAUAUCAUGGAAAAGUUGUUAUUGGUCAAUUAGGAUUUCACUGGAAAUAUGAAGAAAAUACAGGCAAAGAUGUCAAUUCUUCCCAUUCCAACUUCUUUUUAGGACCUUUUUUACUUAUAAUGGCCAGUCUCACUUAUGCCAUUUGGUUAAUCAUUCAGGGAAGGGUAAGUGAGAAGUAUGCAGCUCCAUAUACAUGCAUAACGUUGAUGUGCUUAAUGGCAAGUGUGGAGAGUGUCAUUAUUGGAUUUUGUGUCGUUCCAAAACUUUCUGAAUGGGCUUUAAAUCCCAUUAGAGCUAUCUCUGUCGUCUAUAAUGGAGUUGUGAGUACAUCAUUUGCAUAUUUUCUGAGCUCUUGGUGCAUUGAGAAAAAAGGUCCUUUAUAUGUCUCGAUGUUCAAUCCAUUGUUGUUGGUUAUUUCUGCAUUUCUCAGUUGGACUUUGCUUCGUGAGAAAUUGUACCUUGGAGUAGUGGUAGGGUCAAUCAUAGUAGUGGUUGGGCUUUACGGAUUUUUGUGGGGCAAAAAGAUAGAGACAAAUGCAGAGGAUAUUGAAGUAAAUAAAGAGAAGAUGAAGCAGUUCAUGAAUAAAUCAGUUGAUUUGGAGUUACAAUUACCCAAAUCUAAUGAUCAUCAUCUAGAGUCGAAGCAGAUAUCAUCAGAAUUAACCAAAACUAAAUCAUGAGACGAGAAUUGUCCAAGACCAUAGAAACAGACCACUCAACCGGUGGCUACUAACCACCAAUAUGGUACUUCUUCACAAGUUCAUAUCUUUGUAGUUUUUAAUUUAAAAUUGUAAAUGUUAUUAAUUGUUAGUUGAUAAUUGGAUUUGUAAACGGACUAUCAAGUUCCAAAUCUCCAAAGGCUCUAAACUUCUUGUCAAAAUGUUCAUCAGCAAUGAUGAUUGGAACAUGGACAAAUUCAUAGAGUUUCUCUCAAACCACAUCUGUGAGAAUAUUUGUACAAUCACAACAACAAA